AUGUCGUGUUCCAGAAGACUGAUUCAUUGGUGGAGUUUUGCUGUGUUCUUGCUCUGCGCCCCUGCAGUUCACUACGGGAGACACGCUGAAGCUCUCAGCACCAGAAUGAAGAGGACGGUGACCCACGCGCAGCUGAUGCACGACAGGGGCCGGGUUCUGCAGGACCUGAAGCGUCGCAUGUGGCUGCAGCAGCUCCUGGAGGAGCUCCACACAGCGGAGACCCGCGACGCGCUAGGGUGGGGGAGCGGGGGCGUCUACACCGGCGGGGUGGAUGACGGCAGCACCCUCCGCCCAAAACCCACCAUGGGCGGUGCCAAGAACUACCUUGCGUGGAGCCAGGUGGAUGAAGAGGAGGGCGCCGCCCUGUCCCAGGAGACCCGAAAGGACCCGCCGCUCAAAGCCGCCAACAAGAGAAAGAGGAAGAGGAAAGGGAGGACUGGGAGGCGCCGGCUGCGUGAGCAGAGGAAGAGGACGGCGCGGUCACUCAAGCAGGACCCCGGGAGGUUGCCCUGUCCACGCCUGCACAGAACACUGCUGUAG